AUGUCAUCCUCUGUUCACUUCAAGUUCAAGUCUCAAAAAGAACCCUCGCGGGUCACUUUCGAUGGCACCGGUAUCUCUGUCUUCGAGUUGAAGCGAGAAAUCAUCAAUCAAAGUAGAUUGGGUGACGGUACUGAUUUUGAACUAUCUAUCUAUAACGAAAACACCGGGGAAGAAUACGAUGAUGAUACCAGUGUCAUACCACGCUCUACCUCUGUUAUUGCACGAAGGCUUCCAGCUUCCCGACCUGGUAAGGGCGGCGCUGCUCGAUAUGUGUCCGGGAAGAUGCCAGUGAACGCCCGCAGUGCGCCCCGUAGCGACCAGUCUGCCUUAGGCCGAACAGUUUCGAAUCCUUUACAACCGGUCAGCAAUGGUGUACAAGAAUUGAAUAAUGCUCAGACAGAAGAGGAGAAAAUCAAUGCUCUCUUUAACCUUCAAGCGAAUCAAUGGCGAGAGCAGCAGCAAGAGAUGGCCAACGCAACUCCUGUUCUGUUUGGUCGUGGUAGAGGUAAACCGGUCAACGUUCCAGAUCACCCACCGCCGCCUGGGUAUCUAUGCUAUCGUUGCCGUGAAAAAGGCAAGUCUCUAUACAGUCACUGGAUCCAAGCAUGCCCCACGAAUAACGACCCAAAAUUUGACGGCAAAUACAGAGUGAAGCGGUCAACAGGAAUACCGCGGUCUCUGCAAACUAAAGUCGAGAAGCCGGAGUCUUUGAUGCUCGAUGGAUCUAAUGAGGACCUACGGAACACGGGCGUUAUGGUCAAUGCAGAUGGUGACUUUAUCAUUACUAAACCUGACCAAGCGUCCUGGGAGUUAUAUCAAGAAAAGGUUAAGGCGACAGCAGCGGCCGCAGCUGAAGCGGCCGCUGCAGAACACAGCAGGGAGCUACAAGCUCGCGGGUUAGAGUGCCCGAUUGACAAGCGGAUGUUCUUAGAGCCCGCGAAGACGCCCUGCUGUCAGAAGACUUACUGCAAUGACUGUAUCACAAAUGCAUUGAUUGAAAGUGAUUUUGUAUGUCCUGGCUGCGGUACCGAGGGUGUUUUACUUGAUAACCUCUCUGCCAAUGAUGAGAUCGUCCUGGAAAUUAAAGCCUAUGAGGCUGAGAAAGCAGAUUCGAAGAAAGAAAAGGACAAGCAGCCAACGCCAGUCAAAUACCAAUCCGACAACAACACGCAGGCGCCUAAUGCUGACUCUAUUGAAAGACAAGACGGUUCACAGUCAACGCCUGUCUUGCCCAAGAAAAGGCCCGCUGAGGAUGAACCUAUUAUCGCGGCUAAUCAAGACCAAGGUUCGGGUGCGUCUCAAAAGAAACAAAAACCUGAUGAUGGCCAAUCGUCUACCGAGACCUCUCAGCAACAAUCAGAGAACUCAACUAACGCCUUGUCGUCGUUUCCUUUCAACCAGCAGAUGCCUUUUGGAAUGCCUGGAUUUCUUCCAGGUCCAGGAAUACCUGGGAUGCCCUUUCCCGACACCGCAUUUGGUGCUGAUGGGAUGGGGCUCAUGAAUCCCAUGGGACUGUCUACAGGAAAUGGCUUUCAGCCCAACAUGGACCCUACCUGGAACCCCCUGAAUAUGAUGGGCUUCAAUCCACUGUCGACCGGCAUGUACAACAACCGUGCAAAUGGACCUGUUCCCAAUGGGUUUGGUGCGUCUAGCGCCUACAAUGGCACAGGUGAGCAACCAUCGAACAUGUUUGCCAUGCCUCAGAUCCAGGGGUCCAUGGCGCAGAAUCCUGGAUUCGGGCAAGGGAUGGGGGCAGGCAAUUUUUCCAACCAGCAGCGGACUGCGUUCAGCACACCAUUUACUAGGGAGGAGGACUCCCCUUACUUCCGCCAGCCGGUGAACCCCCAGCGACAUCAAGCCAGACACCGAAGAAUAAGGCCAAGCGAUUAUCGAGAACUCUGA